CUGAAUUCUACUUCUUCCUUUUCAAAAGUAUUUGAAUCAUUGAAAAACACAAGAUGGGAUGUGCAUCGUCGAGAAAUGUAGCUCCAAAUACAAGAGAAUGGCCAAAUGACUCCCAUCACUUCUAUAAACAAGAAGUUUGUUGGAACAGACUGUGCAGCUUAUGUGACCAAUUUCUCGUCGGAUACAUGAAUUAUUCUGCCCAGUGUACAAAAUGCAAUGCGACAGUACAUAAGUGGUGUGCACCUCAUUUCAAAAGUUUCUGCAUGAAGGGAUUUCCAGAUGUUGAUAGAAAAGAAAAGCUUGUUAAGGAAAUCUGCUAUGAAGGUCAUAAACUGGUUUUGGUUAAGAAGCAGUUUCACACAAGAAGAUGCUGGUGUUGCGCAGGUUACGUCGGAAGAUACUACCAUUUGUGUUACGUUUGCAAAGAAGUGGAGAUAGUUGGCUCCAUUCUUGAAGAAUAUGAAUCGGUUGCAGGGGCUAAAAUCAAUGCUGAGAUAUCGGUGGGCUUGCGACUGAGCAUCUGUGGAGUUUGCAACUUUAUCUGCCACCCACAUUGUAUUGGGAAUAUGAAGCUUACUUGCAAAACUGUGCAGAAAGAUAACUUUUGUAAUGAAAUACAAGGACAUAAAUUUGUAUUAACCUACAAAAAAUUUUGGACACAGUGUGAGAAAUGUCAUUUUAACCUGGAUAUUUUCCUUACUCCUGCCUACAAGUGUAAAGAAUGUGGAAUAAAAGUACACAGUGAUUGUAAACACUUCUACAAUUUUGAAUGCCCUUCAACAUACCUUUCUCUGGGAAUUGCUUUUCUUCACGAAGGACAUUCUACAGUGAUGACACAAAAAUUCUUUUGUUACGGAUGUGAUAGUGAUCUUUAUGGUUGUGAACGCGAAAGUCGUUUCUGUCACUUCAGCAAAAGAUUUUAUUGCACUAAUUGCCAUAGCAACCAUUCAGAAAUAUUACCAGAGAGGGUUCUUCUCCAUUGGGACUUCGCUCCUGAUACGGUAUGUGAUUGGUCAAGACUUGUCCUGAGAUAUAUGCAUUCGAAAUCAUUCAUAUCACUGGAGGAAGUUUCUUCACUCGUAAUACAACUACACCGGGAACUCAUAUCAAUUGAAAGAAUAUUACUGGAGAUUAUAUCAUACUAUGAGAAUCUUCCAGAGUGCAAGAAAGCUUUUGACAGAAUAUUAUACAAGAUCAAAAAUUGUUGGCCUAAUUUACUUGAGAUACCCCUCCAUUUUUCUCUUUCGAAUUUUGAAGAUAUUUAUAAGUGUUUCAACUGUGAAAACCCAUCUAAAGACUUAUUUUGCCCAAUUGUAAUUGAGUCACAUGAGAAGAUAAUUCAACAUGUUCGCCAUAACUGUAAGACUUGUAUUAGUAAAUCUUACAGUUGUGCCAUCUGUUGCCCAGCUUCACCAGACAGUGAAAUAAAUAAAGAAUUUGAAGAUGUUCUCUAUCCUUUUGAAAAUAGUGUCAUUAAAUGUCCAAAUGAAGAAUGUACAUUUCCAGUUUGUGUUCAUAGGAGAUGUCUCAAGAGGAAUCCAGACUUUGUUUGCCCAAACUGUAAAUCAAAGAUUGAAGACAAAUAA